AUGGCGACCUCUAAAUUCCCAACUCAAAAGUCUCUUGCUGGCAGGACUGGCAGGAUGGAAGCAGGACUGGCAGGAUGGAAGCGAAACUUUUCCGCAGGAAACCACUGUGGUGAUAUUUGUUUUAGUACUGGUUGGGCAAAAAGAGAGGGGGACAGCUUUUUAACCUGGGCUCGUGAUAUUGAAGGUUCUGAGUUUGAAUUCUUCUUAUUGAGUGGUCCGGGCAGUGGAAAGGGUACCCAAUGUCCCAAAAUUGUUGAACAAUUUGGGUCUGCUCAUCUUUGCGUCGGUGAUCUUCUUCAAGCAGAAAUUGAGUCUGAAUCUGAAAACGGAACAAUGAUUCAAAACUUCAAGAAAGAAGGAAAGAUUGUCCCUUCUGAGAUAACAGUGAAGCUUCUACAACUGGCGAUGCAGCAAAGUGAUAACAAGAGAUUUAUCAUUGAUGGGUUCCCACGCAAUGAAGAAAAUCGUACUGCAUUUGAGAACAUUAUUGCCAUGCAGAACAUUGUAGUCUUGUACUUUUACCUGGGUCAUUUUGUGAUGAAAAUUGAACCAGAACGUGUACUAUUUUUCGAUUGUCCUGAAGAGGAGUUGACAAAACGUAUUCUGAACAGGAACCAGGGAAGGGUGGAUGAUAAUAUUGAAACAAUAAGAAAGCGACUUGAAGUCUAUUUCGAAUCAACCGUACCUGUAAUCAACUACUACAACUCAAAGGGGAAGGUUCAGAAGAUUGAUGCUCAAAGAUCAAUUGAUGAGGUAUUUGAGGAUGUGAAGAGUAUUUUCUCCGAGCUCAAACCAGUAGCUAAGGAUGAAGACAUGCUUUUAGUAGUAAUUGGUAGGAAAGAAUCUUCGACAGUCUUCUUGACUAUCGGUUUACAUCUUGGUUUAGAGGUGAUGAGUUACUCUUUCAAUUACUAUGCUAACCAUGGUUAA